UUUUACUAAAGGCAGAUUUCGUUACAUGUUCAAACCUCAAUAAAUUCCUAUUGGCUGUUUUCGCAGUCUUGGCUUUUUGUGCGCUUGGAAAUCAACCCAAAAUCUCCCGAUUAUUACAACAUUUCAUUUAUGAUUAAAAGUUACCUUUAUUUUUGCUCACAACAUAUCUGCAUUUGGAUUAAGUUCCAUUCUGUCUACUAACCUAGUGAGUAGCACCAAUCUGCUGUCUUUUUUCUUGUUCGGCAUUGAAAGCUGAAUGACCGAUUCUCGCCUUUCUUCGGAUAAUUUAUGGACAAAACGAGCACCUCCUCAGGCCGCAUCCGAUGGAGCUCGCUGAUUGGUUCACACCGCUUUAAUUCCACCCAAUCGCGACGCCGCAGCGAGAUUCGAUUCUGCAAAAACACUUGGGUAAAAAACGACUGCAAAACAACGACGGCAAAUCUUCCUCAAGCACGUUCCCUCGCCGUUUCCCAAGCGCUCCACUUGCGGGGAUCGUCAGUUACGGUAAGCGAGAUGCUUAUGAUGACACUACGUGUACAAACAACCACUGAUAUGUGCCAUGCCUUUUGUGAGAGGAACGAGAGCUUCUGUCGCCGCCCGCUGCAAGGUUCCCGAUGGAGUCGAUUGCGACAAGCAGCCGCAGGAGGAGCAGGAAGUUCCAAAGUCGAAGAGGUCCACUUCGCCUAGCUACGGAGCCCCCAAGCUCAAGAAGAGGACGGCCCUCGUCGAUAUGACCAAUGCUCGCAAAGUCCACAUCAGCUUCCCAGGCAGGAAGAAGAAGCAGCAGCAGCAGCAGCAGGUGAAGAAAGCAAGCGUCCCUUCACUGUCAGAAAAGAGUCAAGCCGAGCAGCAAAAGUCGUCUUCAGAGAGCACUGAGGGAAAAUCAUCUGAAAACGAUGAAGAGGAGAAGGAGGAAGCGGAAGCGGAGGCGGCUCCAGCAGGAGAGCUUGCAAUCUGCCACGUGCAGCCACACCUCCUGAGACCCCAGAUUCCGUCCGAGUUUGACGUGGACUCUGGGAGCCGCGACGAUUGCUUUUUGAGUCCCGAGUACGCGAAGAACAUCUUUGACUACCUCAAAAGUCGAGAGGAGAAGUUUGUUCUGCCCGACUACAUGUGCCAGCAGCCCAACAUCAACGCCGGGAUGCGCGCCAUCUUGGUGGACUGGCUCGUGGAAGUGCAGGAGAACUUUGAGCUGUACCACGAGACUCUCUACCUGGCCGUGAAGCUGACUGACCACUUCCUGGCGCAGACCCCUAUCCAGCGCGACACGCUGCAGCUGGUGGGCUCCACCGCCAUGCUGCUUGCCUCCAAGUUUGAGGAGCGCGAGCCACCAUGCGUGGACAACUUCCUUUACGUUUGUGACGACGCGUACAACAGGGAGGAGAUACUCUGCAUGGAGACCCGCAUCCUGCAAACGCUCUCCUUCGACAUCGGCAUCCCCGUCGCCUACCAUUUCCUCCGUCGCUAUGCCAAGUGCGCCGGCGUGGGCAUGGACACGCUGACGUUGGCGCGCUAUUACUGCGAGCUGAGCUUGAUGGAUAUGGAGCUGGCGCUGGAGCGAAGCUCGCUGAUGGCGGCCGCCUGCCUGCUGCUGGCCCUGCGCACCAAAAAUCUGCCAGUCUGGCCGCCCGUCCUGCAGUUCCACAGCGGCUACGGAAUUUCCGAGGUGGCGCCCGCCGUCCGGAAGCUUUACUCCGUGGUGGCGCAGUCUCCCAGCAGCGCGUUGAAAGGGGUCCGCAACAAAUACUCCCACGAGGUGUUUUUCCGAGUUGCUUCCCUGCCACUGGUGGAAUUUGAUGUUUUGGAGAAGUCUUUAUAAGUGAGCAAGCGUUCACUUGGAUGCCGUUGUAAAUAGUUAAUAUGUGAAUUAUUUAUACACAUUGUUUGUCCAUUUUAAUUGUUGUUGCAAAAAGUAUUCAUGUUCUUAAAAACAUUUUAAGUAUUAAUGUUAACGAAAAAAGCUUAAUCGGCAAGUGUAAUUUUGUAUGUUACUUUUUAUUGACCCAUGUGUGUUGACAUUUGCCAGCGUUUAAAAUAAAGAUGUUUCAUAC